AAAGCCUAUCAAUGUAAAACUUGCAACAGAGUAUUUGUUAGAAAAAAGUUCUGGUUGAAACACAAAAAAUCACACAGAAAUUCAGAGAAUAACUCAUUCUUUUACAACAACCAAACCUCAGUAGAAAAAUUAUUUUCAUGUGAAUUAUGCAAACAUGUAUUUACAUCUAAAGGAAAUUUAAAGAGGCAUUUAACUGUUGUUCACCAAGGUGUCAGGAGUUAUAGUUGUUCUUAUUGCCAUAAAUUAUUUGGUCAGAAAGUUUCACUUCAAUGGCAUUGCUUGUCUGUGCAUAAAAGUGAUGAAGACCUUCUAAUGUGUCAUCAGUGUGGCAGGCAGUUUUCCAUUCUGAGGUACCUAAUGAGGCACGUACAAACAGCACACACUCAAACAUCACACAAGCAGUACAAAUGCUUACUUUGUGUGAAAUCAUUUGUAACUAAAAGUGAACUUCAAAAACACCAGAUAGUGCACACAAAAUUUAAGUGUGGCAAAUGUGAGGGCGUGUUUACUGGGAAGAGGGCAUAUUCUUUUCAU